UCUUCAUUGGAGAAGCUUAACAGACCUUCAACACUCAUGGCAUUGUUAAGCAGCACUGAAUUACUCUGGAAUGACUCAGACAAUUCUUUCACCCCUGGGGGAAACUCCAGCCUGGCACCAGGCUUAGAAGAAGGGAAGAGGAAUUACUACGCCAUGCUGUAUUCCCUACUUAUUCUGGCUAUUGUCUUUGGGAACGUUCUAGUGUGCAUAGCUGUGCUUCGAGAGAGGGCUCUCCAGACUACCACCAACUACCUGGUGGUCAGCCUGGCUGUAGCUGAUCUCUUGGUUGCCUCCCUGGUCAUGCCCUGGGCGGUCUAUUUAGAAGUAGUUGGUGGAGCUUGGCUCUUCAGUCGCUUGUACUGCAAUGUGUUUGUGACCCUGGAUGUGAUGAUGUGCACCGCAAGCAUACUUAACCUGUGUGCCAUCAGCAUUGACAGGUACACAGCUGUGGUGAUGCCAGUACUAUACAACACCACACACAGUUCCCGCAAAAGAGUUUCAGUAAUGAUUGCUACAGUGUGGGUCCUCGCCUUCGCAGUGUCCUGCCCCCUUCUCUUUGGAUUCAAUACUACAGAUGACCCUGCGGUGUGUUCGAUUUCAAAUCCUGAUUUUGUCAUCUACUCCUCCGUGGUGUCGUUUUACUUGCCUUUUGUGGUGACCCUUUUAGUCUACAUACGCAUCUACAUCUUCCUUAGAAGGAGAAGAAAGAGAAUUGCCUUCCGUCAAGGCAGUGGCAAAGUUCAACCAGCAUCCGCACCACCAUCAGUGGAAACUUAUUUACAAGACGGCACUCACAAAGACAAACAAGACCUCUCCCCCAUUAGGAUCAACGUGAUAAAUGAAACCACAGAGCAAGUGAUCCGUCCCCGGCUCCUUGGCAGCUGCCUGUGGCAUAAACGGCCUCAAACCGUCCCUGCAGAGAACUCAGUGCUGCCUCCUGUGGUCACACUGAACUACUGCACUAUUAGCCAAGCAUCCUUUGCUGGCACCGAGCAUGUCUCAAACCGUGAGGAAGAUGAGGCUGGUGAAGAGGACCAGGUGACGAUUAGGAGCUGUGAGGUGAAGAAGUUGUCAAAUGGGAGUACACACACCACCCUGCACCCACCACGGCCUGCUCAUGUCAUGGUGUGCCCCAGUCAGGUUCGCUGUAGGAGUAUGCACUCCAAGGAGAAGAAAGCCACACAGAUGUUGGCCAUCGUUCUCGGGGUCUUUCUAAUUUGCUGGCUGCCAUUUUUUGUGACUCAUAUCCUAAAUACUCACUGCAGGGAAUGCCACAUUCCACCUGAGCUCUAUAGCGCCUUCACCUGGCUUGGCUACGUCAACAGCGCUCUCAAUCCAGUCAUCUACACCACUUUCAACAUAGAGUUCCGCCGGGCCUUUAUUAAAAUCCUGAGCUGCUAAACCAUUGGGCAUACUCACAUACAUUUCUCAGUGGACUGGAUAGCAACCAGACUAUUUGUGGAAUUCAUUUUGGGAUGCAAAGUGCCAUAAACACAGAGGACAUUAAAGGAUUUGAACGGUCAGAAUGUGUUCAAAAUGACCUCAAAACCACUACAAAGUGCAUGACACAUGAAACUAGCAAUUGGUUGGGUUUUUCACCAUUUAAUUGCACAGUCAACUACACAGGGCAGUAGAGUUCAUUCAAAUAAUCAUCAGAGUCUACUGUUCAGUUUGAGAAUAUAGACCAAUGUGGAUUCCAUAUACAACCAGCG